AGUAAAAUCAAUCAAUUUUUUAUUAAAUAAAUUGAAAAUUUUCUCGUAUCGUCAAUGAUCACAAUACUUUAAGUUGUACAUUCAAAUGCUUUUGAAAAGUUUUCUGAGAAGAAGUUACUAAAGCAGCAAUAAAAUUUGUAUUGUUCGAUUUAAAGUAUAUUAUUCUAAUAUUUGGGAAAAUGAAUAGCUCUUUCAAACCAUCACCUGUCCAUGGGGCUGGAGCAACAUUAUUUAUGAAUGAACAUUGCAGUGACAUAACCAUAAUUAUAACGGAGGAUUGUACAGUUUGGAGAUUUCCUGCACACAGCACUGUUCUUGCUGCCCAAAGCAUUGUCUUCCAUCGAAUGCUUGAUAGUGAUUUCAUUGAAAAGAAAACCCAAGAAAUAGUUGUCCAAGAUAUGACUCCAUCAACUUUGAAAAAACUACUUCGGUACAUGUACUUGGGUGAUGCCAUUCUGGAAGAUUGGAAAGAAGCUAUAGAAUUAUUGAAAGCUGCUCAUAAAUAUCAGAUGGAAUCACUUGUACAAAAGUGUGCUCAAUAUCUUCAAGACCAUAUUGAUCUCUCUAAUGUUUGCUACAUUUAUAGCAAAGCAGUCACCUAUACUUUGAGUCCUUUAGGCAACAUUUGCCUAGAAAUCAUCCUCGGAACGGGUUGUAUUGUUUUAAGAAGUCAAGGUUUCGAGUAUUUGAAUAAAGAGUCUGUGAUGGCUGUUGUGUCCAGCUACAGUUUGAAUGUUGAUGGGGAGAUGUGUGUAGUUAAUGCAUUACUUCGCUGGGCCGUGAUGGAGUGUUGUCGUCAAAACAAACCACUGAUCGAAGAAAGCAUCGUCGAGAUCAUGGUACCCUUUCGCAAAUACCUUUGCACCCGCAGUAUUAAUAGUGACGAAAUGCAUUCACUGCCACAAUUCUUGCAUGCCGAAAUAAACAGCUAUCACUCCAGGCAAAGCUUCUGUGUCACUCAACAUCUUCUGGAAUACGCCAAACGUGUGAGCUUGCAACUUAUAGACUUAGACUGCCUCGCAGACAAUGUCAGCAAUUUCACGUGCUUUCGAUUCCUCGCCGAUCAUUCCCUAUUUCUGAUCAGUGUGCAUUUAGUAACAGUCACAUCUUUCCUUACUUCAAACAACUAUGUUGUGCUCAUCAGUGAAUCUGGCAGUUCUAAUACCACCGUGUUUGAACUGAAUUUGGCAGAAGUAACAGAAAUUACUACAAGUUUACCUGGUGCAAGCUCCAAACCUAUGUUCGAGACAGAAGUUCUGUUGAAAAAGCCUGUGCUGCUUCUACCUCAAACUGUGUACAGGCUUAGCCUUCGUAGUAAUAGUAGGUCUCUGAAACCUAGUCAGUGCCACAUCCAGUUUCCGAAAACUGGAUUGGUUCCAAGUAAAGGUGGCUCAAGAUCUGAUGUAGUGCCAUUUACUAUACUCACUGAUUCAAUUUGGGGUGUAACUAAAUUAUUGUAUCUUACUGCGCCUGUUCCAGAAAAGGAAAUUUUUAAAUUUCGCUUGCAGAAAUAACUACCCUAUUUUUAAAUUGAGGGACCAAUUAUAACUUAGGAGCUUAUUGGAAGGAUAUGUUAGAUUUUAUUUUCAAAACGCUCCAAAGUUUCACUGUUAAGCACAUGUUGAACCUGAACAAGUUCUUUAAAAUAUCUUAUAACAUGUUCCUUCAAUAAGCUUUUUCAAAUUUUUAGCGAAUUUAUAUGUUCAUUUAUUCAAAUAUAUGUUAUUUCAUAGGAAUGAAUAAUUUUAUAUAAUUACCUUAUGAACUUAUUUUUCAGAUAAAUUUUAAGUACAACUGUUUUAUGUUCUUUAAAAUACCUUAUAACAUGUUCCUUGUGUAAACUUUUCAAACAUUUUGUGAAUUUAUAUGUUUAUUUAUUUAUUUAUUCAAAUCUAUACACUUUUAUAUAAGAAUGAAUAAUUUAAUUACUUUAUGAACUUAUUUUUCAGAUAAAUUUUAAGUACAACUGUCUUAUGUGUUGACCAGCUUUUUUCUUCUUAUAUUUAGAAAUAUUCCUUUUACACUUUAUUAAUGUUUUUGUGAGUACAAUUUUAUAUGGUAUGAACACUUAAACUUUUUAUUUUUUAAAAACAAUUCUGCAUUUAAUUGGUAGUAUAAUUAAUUAGUUUUACUAUUAUUUACAUAAGCAUUCAUUACUUUAUUCUUUUACGUUUUCUUUAUUUUACUGCAUAUUGUCCUACAAAAUAUGUUUUCUAGAAUUAAUACUCACAAGCUUUUAUUUAUAUUAAAAUUGAACCAAUUUUGACAGUUAUCAUAUUUAACUCUCUGACUUAUUAGAAUUUCUACUGAAUUCUAAAAAAAUCACUAUAAUCACUGUUUCUCUUCUAAAGUGUUUUUUUAAAAAACAGUUUUAGGUUUUAUUUCUUUUCAUUUUUGAUCAAAGUAAUUGCUGUAAAUUUUGAUUGUUUGGUUUUCUAUUUAAUAACCAUAUUUUGCCAUAUUUAACCAGACCAUAAUAAUAGCCAUAUUUUGCCUUUUACUAUAAUAAGAAAGUUUGAUUUUUUAAUAAUUUACUGUACUAGUUCAAAUAAUAAUUGGCUUGAAGAUGUUUGAAUGUGUGUUAUAUAAAGCUUGUCAAAGGUUGUAAUUUAAAUAAUUGUUAUAAUAUCUGAGUAAUAUUUUUGUUCAUGUAAUUAUAAAUAUUUGCCUUAAUAAUUUUCAUAAGGUUAAAAGCCUUCUUUUUUAAACCUUUGCUUACUGAACCUAGCUUUUAGCUAGUUGGUGUCAAACAAAUUUUUCUGGCCGUGUUAGAAAGUCAAUAGAGAGUUAAUUAUUCUGCUGCUUAGUAGUAACGAAUAAAUUUUAACUCACUAACGAAUAAGUUUAAGUUGGAAUAAGUUUAGCUAGCGAAUAAGUUUUAACACAUUAAUUAUCAGAAAUUAAGCUUGCAGAUUCUAUACUUAAUGUUGAGUUUGAAAAUUUUUAUGAUUUUGUUAUGUUUUAUUUAAGUGUGAUUUUUAAAUCUUUCCAUUUGUUAUUUUAUUAGAUUUUUAAGCAUGAACUUUUCUGGAUGGAUGUGAUUUAUUACUAGUACUAUUAAGUAUUAUUACUACUAUUGUACUAUUCUCAGAAAAGUAAUGCAAUAUGUUUUUGAGAAUGUUGAGAUUACAUUGACUAAGGUACUUUUUACAUUACAAAAGGCAAUUUCAAAAAAAUUUUAUCAUGAAAAAUGUAUUGUUUUCCUUAUUAACUUAUAUUUUGUUGAUUAUUUUUGAGUUUCUAUUCUGUAUGUUCUGUAAAAGCAAUCAAAUUUGUUUAAAAUUUAAAUUUUUAUUUUAAAUAUUUUUUAUUGUU